CGCAAUCGAUAUGCAAACAAUUUGGUAUUGUAGAAGCAUGGCAAGACCCAGAGGCAGAAUCUGGUAAAGCAGCGGGCCCUCUUUAGGUGGACAGCAAAAAAGUGACCUGUCCAAUGCGACCAGCAAGCUGUUCUGUCAUACAGUACUGGACACGCUGCAUCAACAACACGGGCUGGACGUCUGCAACACCACAAAUUUCCUUGUCCCUCGUUCGUCUUCUCUGUUCCUUUUUCUCCCCCCACCACGAUCCUUACGAGAGUGCCAAAAUAACCAUAGCCAUGUUCAACGUCGACUGGAUGAGCCUUGUGCUCCCAUUCGCCUACCUGACUGUUCUCGGUGGCGUUUUCAUGACCUUUUCCACCAUCUACAGAAAGCGCAAAGCCACUCAAAGCGCCAAUCUCGCACCCUGGUUCGGUCCUCAUCUCCAGCGCAACAUCUACCUUUCCCUGCUACACCUCGAAUCCCCCGAAGAGGGCCAAGAGAAAGCCCCCAAGAUCCCUUCCACUGUCAUCAAGGCUGCUCUCCUCCGCCGCGCCGUCGAGGACAUCCAUCGCCUCGUUCAGAUCCGAUCCGCCAAGCAGGCGUGCAGCACGUUACUGCAGCGGGGAAGCGUCGGCGAUGACCUGUGGCAGCGCUUUCAGCGUGCCGAGAAGGAGAUGGAGGACGAGCUGCGCGACGUCGUGAUGGAGGCCAAUGCCCUCGCGCCCAACUGGGGUCAGUCCAUCUUCCAAUCCGCCAACGAGAUCGCCGCCAACACCAUCGCGCGCAACCGCCUUGAAGAGGUUGCGAACACCGUCGAGCAAGAGAAGGCAUGGUGGGAGAAGCGCAGGGCAACGAUCCAGACCGAAUUCAUGAAGGAGCUCGACGAUUCCGAGAAAAACUCGACUGCCCCGCCUAGUGUCGACGGCGACGCCGUUCUCGUCGAUUCCAACACCACCAGCACGCCCUCUAAGAAGAAGAAGGGCAAGAAAUAGACAACAGACGUGCAUUGCCCUUUCCCUCUCGUACAGCAAAAAUCAUAUCCCCUGUCGUCACGCAUUCAUUCCUCCAAACCUCUCCAAAUGUGGGCUAGGCGCUCCGCGGUAUCUCUCAAUCGUCUUCAGAUACCUCAUUCUCCCCGGUGUAUGAUACGGAAAAGUGGCGAAUAAUCAAGAGCAUUCGACCGCUGCCCGGUUGCGUUAGGCGUUUACGGUCAUGGGGCAGGGAAUUUUUAGUAUCAUGAAUGAAUUGAGAACCUAAAUAAGUUGGAA